AUGUCUGGCAUGGAGCCCUUAGCGGCCCUAGGCCUGGCGUGCAACAUCAUGCAGCUGCUCUCCUUUGGGGGAGAAGCAAUAUCGCUGUGUCGGAAAGUCUACAAGACUGGAGAGAUUGACCCCAGCCUCAAAGACUACAGCGGUCAGACCGCCAAGAUCUGCGAGAACCUAAACGACACCCUCACUCAACGACAACUCAAUCUCGAGCCCGAUGCUUUGGCGCUACAACAGAGGGCCACCAUGUGCAAAGCUGCUGCGGACAGAUUGAAUCGCGAGUUGGAACUCCUCACUCCAACCAUAGGGGCCAGCGGCUGGAGGAGGGGUUUCACUGCCCCUAUCAAGGCUAUUCGCCACAAGCACCACCUGAGCGAGCUUGAAAAGGACCUCGACAAUCUCAAGUCAGGCCUGGAUACGCAGCUCCUUGUGAAGAUCUUUGACCUGGUGGAUCCCGCAAAGUUGAAGACCGAAAUCCUAGCAGAGUCCAAGGGACUCUUGGCGACAACACUGCAACAGGUCGCUUCGGGACAGCAAGACCUUUCCCAACAGAUUCUCAAAGCUCUGGAAGGAGCUCAAGAUCGACUCAAUUCGGAGUAUUUGAGAAAUCAACGGAUGAUAGAACAACAUAUGGCUGCCACGACUCGCGAUUUGCGACACGAGCGUACCAGAGUCCAACAAGAAAAGAGCGAUAACGAAAAGCGACGGGAUUGGGAUCAACUGUUGAAGAGCUUGCACUUUGAUGCGAGGACCGAGAGAGUGAACAUGAUUAGGCAAGAAUAUUCCGACACCUGUCGUUGGAUUUUUAGACCAUCCACGGAGUAUGGUCUUGCCAGUGACCACAACCCGCAGCAAGGCUAUCCUGGAAGCCAUCCGCAGACCUGGCCCUGCUUCACCACUUGGCUGCAGUCCAAAGGCCAACCGAUCUACUGGAUAUGCGGGAAGCCGGGGUCAGGCAAGAGCACUCUCAUGAAGUUCAUCGCCUCUGAUGAGUCCCCAAUCAGGGACUCCUUGGAACAGUGGCAACCAGAUGUUCAAUUGUUAUCGCAUUACUUUUGGCUCGCUGGCUCGCCGAUGCAGAACAACAUAAAGGGCUUUUUGUGCUCUCUGGUUUACCAAGUUCUAUCGCAGGAUGUAUCUGCGGCUUUAAACUUGCUGGAAUCCAACCCUGAUAUCGCUCGCAAAUCAUCCGCGGUGGACUGGGACCCGACUGAACUUCGACGCAUUCUCAUCAACCUGACUCAUCAGCCUGCAAAAUCCUUCUGCAUCUUCAUUGACAGUCUCGACGAAUUAUCACCAGAGGAGAGCCCCCGAGAUUUGAUUGACAUCAUCACAGAGCCCCAGAGCCCUCAGAUAAAAUUGUGCCUCUCAAGUCGCCCAGAGCCCGCGAUGAAAAUGUACUUGGGGCAUUAUCCGACACUACCCAUGCAUAUCUUCAUACAGGAUGACAUCAGGAAGUAUGCCGAGGGUAUCCUCAAUCAAGCCAUGUCUCACAGGUAUGACACUUUCGAGGUCGAUCGCAUCGUAGAUGAACUUGUAUCUGAAGCCGACGGAGUCUUUCUGUGGACUGUACUCGUUACGAGGUCCCUUGAGCGUGGAAUUGAGAACGGUGACUCACACCAGCUUCUGGUGGAACGACUGCGCCAAAUGCCAAAGUCUAUCAGCGAGCUAUACUCCAGCAUGUGGCAGCGGUGUGAAGACGAUCCCGAGACAUACCAGAAGGGGUUUUCUCAGUUUAUGAACCUCAUGAUUCUUGCAAGCAAAAGAGGCAUGAUAUGCCUCGAGCAUGACAACACGGUGACCGUCUUUGAGCUUAUGGCGGCAACAAACACCCGGUUUCUGGACAAAUAUUUGAACCGGGAUGACCAAGUUUCCAAAGAGGAACUCGACUUGCUAUGCCGCGAUACAAGGAAUUUCAUCGAAGCCUGGUCAGCUGGCCUACUGAUGGUGGCUAUGAUACCCUUUGGGGCUGACGGAGACUCUGGGCCAUAUUGUGAUCUGGAAUUUUACAUCCACAUGAGGGUGUGGUACGUCCAUCGAACAGCCCGUGACUUCCUUUUAGAUGAAGCUGAGGGCCAGAAGUUGUGGAAACGGGUUGACGUUUCUCGGGAGGACCUUAAAGCAAAGCUUGUGAAAGCGUGCCUCAUGAGAUGCCAGCUUUGGAGAUCCAGAGAUCAGCAACACGAAUUUGUUGAGCAUUUUUUCAUCUCAAUCGACCCUUCUGAAGGUUCUGGAGAUGCCGCUUAUGUUCCACAAAACACCUUGCCAGACAUUGAGAAGGCCUUCUACAAAGGAUACUGUCAGAUGUCAUUGUUGGGGCAAGUUCUCAAUAAGCACGGUGGGCUCGAGAUUAAAUUUCUGGAGGUGGCAGCCGAUUAUGGAUUCUGCGACUACGUUUUCAGGCGAAUCCAGGAAAUGCAACAAAAUGGCCAGCUCAAAGCGCAGGAUUUUGCUUCUCUGUUGUAUGCGUACUGCGGCAGAAGGGUCGGUCAAGAUUCCGGGGAUCCCUACUUCGUUGCCAGAGAGAGGCUGAUCCAGUCACUGUUGAGUUUGGGUUUGCCGAGUUUUGCAAAGCUACGAUUCUCCACUGAUUUCAACCUCAGCAGAAGCCUCCUGCUCACGUACUUGUUCUCUUUUCUUGAAGAGUAUCCUUCUCUUUCUGCGGUGGAGGAAGCUGUCACAACACUCGCAUUGCUUUGGGAGCAAGCACCUUCGAUUCAAAACGCGUAUGUCCAGCUUGUGGUGAGGUUUUUGAAAUUCCCAGGCGAAGAUCAUGCAUCGGUCGCGUUGCGCGUUGGAACCACCAGGAGCUUACGUCACUAUAAAGGGCCGCUUGUGGUAAUGAGAGUUAAUGUACCCUACUUGGUCAUGGCCAUUGGCAGCUUGGUGCAUCCGAGUCUCUGCAUACCCGGGACACUCUCCAAAAAAGAGGAGCCUUCAGCUCAAGCCAUUCUCAUCAGCAUCGGCGAGGAAAUCUGGCGCGUUGAGGACUAUUACCCAAUUGAGUCCAAGGAAGACUCGAGGAAGAUCAUGGAGUUUAUUACCCCGCUUCUGCAUCGUAAGCAUGGAUCAGGUCUACAGAAGACGAGGAAGAUGCAGAGGACAGAGUGGAGGAAAUUGUGGCAAAUCUUGCGGCAAAUUGCGUCUGAAGCCAAGCCGCUAAACGUCGGGGUGGAUAUAGAAUCUGAUGAGGAUACGAUGUGCGAGAGAUUUGCUUACGUGAAAUCUGAUGAGACGUGCGAGAGAGUUGAUGCCGCCGUGGACGAGUUUUUAAGUGAUAAAGUCAUUCAACUAUCGCCACCUUGGUGGUGA